GCAGGUGAGAAAACGGGUGAAACGCACUGUUUUAUCUUUUAAUUCCGUGUUGCCAAUGGACAGCUUUCCGACACACGGCCGUUCGGCCUUCCAGCGCUUGGUCACCUACUCAUCUUCAACGCUACUGAUGGCGAAUUAGGGCGCAGAAGUGGAGGAGAAGAAGGUUUUCGGUCACUUCUGUUGGCUAUCUGCUGUUUCCGUCCUGCAUCAACUGCGCUUGCUUUGCGUGGAGGCGGGUCGAAUCCCGCGGAGUCACGAGGGUCGCCUCUGGAAGUGAAAUAGAGAGGGAUAGAGUCGCCUUGAGGAUGGGAACCGAGGAAGCGAGUGUGGUCGUUCCAAGAAACUUCAGAUUGCUGGAGGAGCUUGAGAGGGGGGAGAAGGGGAUCGGUGAUGGUACUGUCAGCUAUGGAAUGGACGAUGCAGAUGAUACUUUCAUGCGUUCUUGGACAGGGACUAUUAUUGGUCCUCCUAAUAGCGUUCAUGAUGGCCGGAUAUAUCAGUUGAAACUGUUCUGCGACAUGGACUAUCCUGACAAACCUCCGAUGGUUCGGUUUCAGACACCGAUAAAUAUGGCAUGCGUAGACCAGGAAACUGGAUUGGUUGAACCAAACUUAUUUCCAAUGCUUACAAAUUGGCAGAGGAAAUUCACCAUGGAAGACCUUUUAGUGAGCUUGAAGAAAGAGAUGUCAGCUUCCUAUAACCGGAAGCUUCACCAGCCGACUGCGCAAGGCAAUGACGAUCGGAGGAUGGAACAGAAGGACAUAGUACUAAGAUGUGUCAUCCUUUGAGGAGGGCGGCAUGUGAGUAUCUGUUAUCAUGGAAGAUGAUGGUAUCUGCUGAGGAUCGAGGAACAACGAGAGAAGUAAUAAAAUUUUUAUGUCAUCUUUGUGAUACAUUUGUUCUUACAGAGUGUCUUGCAAUCUGUAUCCAAACUAGUGCCCUUCAGUUCCUGCUGGUGUAGGUGUGCCAGUCCAUCUUAAAUUUCAUGGAUAUUUAACUGAUGUUGUGAAUUAUAAUUACAAAGAAGAGCAUUAUUGAGAAA